AUGUCGGAGAAUGGCCACGAGAGUGAAACGAGGGACAAGUGCCCGAUUUGUCUAACUUUUGAGAUCGCUGAUCCCUCGAUUCCCGGAGGCUGUGGGAACAAUCCGGGGCACAAGUUUUGCUUCAUCUGUUUGCGAAGAUGGUACAAGAAUAAUCCGAACUGCCCUCUUUGUGGGACUCCGUCAACUUUCAUUCGCCACCGACUCUCGCAGAACAGCGGAGAUGGCAUAAUUGAACACCUUACCGAGCUGAAAAAGGAAUUUCUAAAAGAAAAGAUUAAAGAGGAGUCCGAGAAAGUGCCUCUUGAUGUGGAAAAACAACUGCUUCACAAAUACUACCUACAAGCCAUCAACAUGUCGAAAAGCCUUGAGGAAGCGUGCGUGAAUGGGUCUAUUACUAGGCUGGAACUUAAUAAAAAUCCAUAUUUCCGUCGGAUGGUCUAUGACCAUCAUUUGAAACGCGAGGACUUAUUUGAAAACGAGCAAAGACGGAGCUUUACUCCACAGAUGGCUCGAGAAAAGCUCGCCGCUGACCCUCACCUGCUACGGAAUUGGCUACGCAAAGAGAUACCGAUUUUUCUGAAUCGGCCAGUCGACCAAAUUGACAAUUUUGAGGGAAAAAUUGAGUACAUUUUGCAAGCCACACAACAAGGAUACAUUCAUGCUCCCGAAUUUGAAAAAGCUUGUCGCCUAACUUUUCGGGAAUCGCGCGAGUAUUUGGAUACGUUUUGCAACGAGUUCUUCGAUUUCGCCUCUUCACAAUACUCGAUGAACACGUUUCUCCAGAAUAGUCGCUAUAGAAGCCGUGAAUCUUCUCAAAAUGCAGCUCGAGGUCAGCAAGAAGUUAUUCAAAUUGAUGAUUACGUCCCGAUCGAUAACGAUGUACAGAUUGUGGACGAGGGACGACCAAAUCGAUCAACCGAGUACUCGAACUAUUUGAUUAGGCAACAACAACACUCAUUUUGGGCUCAACGCUUUCAACCGGGACACAUGGACUCCGAGAAAGAGGAAGGCGCCGAUAUCUACAUGUUUCGCCGAAUCCCUAUGCCUACUCCUAUCUCUACGGCGAACACUGAGGGUAUCCGAAUUCAAACGCAGCAUCCGCUUCUACAAGUACCCGCCUAUGAUCGCUUUGGGAUCUUGCUUAAUAAAUCUCGAGAAGCUCCUCAAAAUUUGGCAGAAGUUUUACAGAAUAUGCUUGCUGAUAAUUCAUCGAUGUUGCCGAGUACAUCAGGUUCACGGGAAAGGGAGCAUUCAUCGAUUGCCGAAGGGGAGAACUAUGAUCACAUGGGGCUUUCCCGCGCUGACACCGAUAUUGUGCGACGAUACAAAGAACGCGAGCGGAAACGUCGGAGGAAUAGAAACUACUCGGUGUCACCUAGUGACGAAGAUGCUGUUAAUCGAAGAGCUCCCGAAAGCCCACCACAAGAAUCUCUCGUUCGGGGCGAUUCGAUUUCACCAAUCACCAAUGGUACUCGUACUUGUUUGGAUACGAUCGACAAAAUCAAACGAUCACGUGCCGAUUUUCGGACUGAAGAUAAUACCACAAAGCGAAACACAAUAGCUGAGAAUUCCAACUUGUUAUCAACUUCUGGAUCGUCAACAUUGAUGGAUGUGGAUGAACCGUCAAAAUUGAGUGCCAAAGUGAUUGAACCACCACAAAUCGAGGAAUCGUUGGACACAUUGAUAGGCAAAGUGAUCGCAACGGCUCGAGGUGAUUUCGGGCGGAUUCGUGAGGUAAUCGAACAGUUGAAUGACCAGCUUCCGAAGACUGAAAAAUUUGCGUUGAAGAAAGUUUCUGAAACAGUGGAUGCAUCUACAUCAUACGAAGAAAAACCACAAGAGCCAAACAAUACUGUGCUGAAUUUGACAAGAAAUGUUGAAGAUGUGAAGUCGCAAACUCUCGUGCAAGCUUCUACAAAUACGGUAUUGGAUGCAGUGGGUGAUGCGGAUGAUCCAAAAGCUACAGGGCCUGAAGAGUCCAUCAAUAACAGGAAAGGACCAAAGAGAAAGGAGUCACCCAGAAGAACAAGAAGUGGACAGGCGAAUGAUGGAAAAGUCGACAACACACCGGCGAAGUCCGGCAGCUCAACCUCGACACCAAAACCCAAAGCGAUGAAGAGCGUUGUCAUCAAGGCGGAACCGGAAGGCAAGGCCGUCUUUACUCCGAUCGAUCAA